GACAUUUCCGAGCAGUCUGGAACACGGCAUAUGCUUCAAUCCAGCCUUCUUAGCUUUCACUUUUGAUUUCAGUCAGUCGGAUCUGCGUCGUGUGUUUUCUCUGUUUGCAUUUCCCCCCCACUUUACGACUAUUCGACAGCUAAAUAAAGCAGAAACGAUAGACAGGUUUACUAUUAGGACAGGCAGUAAGUUAUUUGACUGGAGUUAUUAUUUCGUGAAAAGAGUUUCGUUUUCGUCAGUCAGGUCAUGGCGGAGAUUUACAGUAACCGCCCGAUAGAAGAUAAGAUGGACGGUGGUCUGGAGGAGGAGGGAAGUCAAAUGGAGGAGGCCAAGAAAGAGCUGGAGACUUGGAAGACUAAAGCAGAGAAAGCUGAUGAUGUGAAAGCCAGGCUGAUAUUGGAAAAACUGGAAGAGGAUGAAGCCAAGACGAAGGCCCAGCAAGAGAUGUUUGCUUGUGUCAAAAAGCAAGAGGAUUGUCAGAAGGAGUUCAGUCAAAGCAUGAAUGCAGUGCAGGAUGAAAUUCAAAAGCUUGGUAAACACAAAGCGGAUUUGCAGGACAAACUGUGGAGAUGUCAAGAUGAACUGGAAGCUAAGAGGGCGAAGUCUAUCAAACUGAAGCAGAAAUUUAAGAUUUACGCCCAGAUUCCAGACACAGAGGUAAAGUUCAGCGCUCAGAAUAAAGAGGAGAGGGAGGACGAUAAUCAGCCAAUCAGAGGAGUGUUUGCCAUCAGCCAGAGACCGACUGUGCUUCUGCAAAACGGACAGGCACUUGUCACCUUUGAAGAGGAGAAAGUUGCCUCUCAAAUCCUGAAGACUGCCAAGUGCUCUGUGUCCUGUGACAGUUGUAGUUUGGAAGUGAAACCAAAAAGAAUAACCAUGGAUCCUGCUGUUAAGUUUGAGGUCCACCUCGAUGUUUCCAGAAAGGAGCUCAAGGUUUCCAAAAUCCCCUCUUCCAUGCCAGAGGAGAGAAUGAAGGACCGGCUGGAGAUGAGUUUCUCCAGGCCCAGCAGAGGAGGAGGAGAAGUGGAACGUGUGGAGUACGAUGAGAACACUGGGACAGGACAGAUCACUUUUCUCCACCCUGGAGUUGCUGAGAGCCUGGCCCUGAGAGGGAGGUACCGUGUGGAUCUGGAAAAUGAAGUGAAUGUGGAGGUUGGACCCAUUUACAAAUACCAUCUGCGCAAAUUUCAGACUUUCUGUGGCUCUCCGAAACGAACCAUCCUACUGGAUGACAUUGAGGACGUGGAGGAUGAAGAGGAUCUGCAGGACUACCUGGAGAUCCACUUUCAGAAGCCCAGCAACUAUGGUGGUGAGAUAGAGAGCAUCAAAUACAUCUCCAGGGGCAAGACUCUGCAGGCCUAUUUUCUCAGUGAGGACAACUGACUUUAACCAGCAAGUUUUCCUUACAUCUACCACGUGUAAGGAAAGUAAAAAGAGCCCCUCCCUAUCCACUGGGAAUCUUUCUCCUAUGAUUUUUAGAAAUAGAAAAUCAUAUUUGUUACGUGUUUUGCAUUAUUUCAAAGAAUUCUGUAUAUUUCUUGUGCCUAAUUUGAAGGAAUGCUUUGUGGAAAAUUCACUUAUGUGCUGUCAUGCUUAGUCAGAUGAGACGACCUUGUGAUUUAAUCUUUGUGCAUUCAGUAGUGGGUAUGAAUUUGAUUUGGUGAGGGGUAUUUGGGUAGUAGUAAGUGGCAAAACAAAGGCCAACUAUAAGACAGGACAAAUAAUCUAAAUCUACAAAAUAAUGUCAUAAUAAAUAUUAUUCUAGACAGGUUUUGGUGGUUUACAGAAUUACACAUCUGUCAUGUGACUAAUGGCUAUUUAUUCUUAUUUGUUUGAUUAUUUCAGUGAUUUGGAUGCAUGUCUGCCCAUUCCUUUUAGAAUACUUUGUAACAUGAAGGCAGUCCUGAUAUAGUCUAAUAGUUGCUUCAGUAAGAACUUUCCAGAGUUGUAAAAUCCUGUCUGAGUAUAAGAAAACGCAGUGUUUUGUGUCUGUAAAUCCUUGAAAUUAACAGACGUGUUACUGACACUGGACAUCUAUACAAUAUUAAAAAUAAUGGAAUCUACCAAAA